CAGAGCACAGGAUACAACGAACGCCCUCGCUCGGGCUCGAGCUGCUUUCUAAACCCAAUUUCACUUCCAAACCCUAGCAUUUAGCGUUUUACGCUCUGUCUUGCUGUCUCUGUGUCUCUUCCCCUCCCUAGCGAAUAUGUCGAGCAACGAUCCCGAGCACCGUGAAGAGGAGGUAGCCCCCGCCGGCGAUGACGAGGAUACCGGAGCUCAGGUUGCUCCAAUCGUCAAGCUUGAGGAAGUUGCCGUCACCACCGGUGAAGAAGACGAAGAUGCUAUUCUCGAUCUGAAAUCUAAGCUUUACCGAUUUGAUAAAGAUGGGAAUCAGUGGAAGGAAAGAGGCGCGGGUACUGUGAAGUUUCUGAAGCACAAGGUUACUGGGAAAGUUAGACUUGUGAUGAGGCAAUCGAAGACACUAAAGAUCUGCGCCAAUCAUUUAAUUGUUCCGUCAAUGACCGUGCAAGAACAUGCUGGGAAUGAAAAAUCUUGCGUUUGGCAUGCCAGGGACUUUGCCGAUGGUGAACUGAAGGAUGAACUUUUUUGCAUUCGAUUUGCCUCAAUUGAAAAUUGCAAAAGCUUUAUGGAAACAUUCCAAGAAGUUGCUGAAUCCCAGAAGAAGAAAGAGGAAAACAAAGACGCAUCUGCUGCUGCUGGUCUCCUUGAGAAGUUGAGUGUUGAAGAGAAGACUGAGAAGUCUCAGGGCAAAUCUGAGGAGCAAAAAGAUGUACCUGAAAAAGAAAGCAAGAAUGAAUCAGAGAACACGGAUGCAGGGAAGAAGACGGAAGAGCCGGCAUCAUCAACUUGACUAUAAUCUAUUCAUGUUCAUACUUCCUGGCAACAUGAAAGGUUAGGUAAUUGACAAGACAUCCACCUUAUCAUCAUGGGUCAUUCAUACUUGUAGUCCUCGGACUGUGUCAUGGCCAUGAAAUCGAGCAGUCUGUGGCUUCUGUUGAGUCUUUUAUCAGCGAGCGAAUUUGGGUCAAGUUUGAAUUAUAUUGAGGGUUGUGCUUUUGGGGUUCGGGUGUUAUUGGUGUUACUUUCAUUCUAUAUUGUGUAUUUGUUGCGAGUAAUGAGUCAGUCAUGCUGGUUGCGAGGUGGGGAUGGCUCAAUAGUGAAAGUUGUAAACAAAGGUUUUGGAUACAAAUGGUUUGAGUUUCCCAUUUUUUUUUUAGACUCAAACGCCAUGGUAUUAUAGAUUUCCUUCUCUGGUA